AUAUUUUUAUGGUAAAUGUUCCAAAGUUAUAAGAGAAGGAAUCUAAGAAGAGCAUGAGACACUCUUGGUGUGACGACAAGAGUCCAGUUUCUCUCCGCUUUCACUGAUGGAUCGUAUCCAGCACAAGUUCGUGAAGGUUGGUGAUGAUCUCAAUCUCCACGUUGCAGAAAUCGGAAGUGGUGGAAACGCCGUCGUUUUCUUGCACGGUUUCCCUGAGAUAUGGUACUCGUGGCGGCACCAAAUGAUAGCCCUUGCCGAUGCUGGAUUUAGAGCCAUCGCCUUCGAUUACAGAGGCUAUGGUCUCUCCGAUCCUCCACCUCAACUCGAGAAAGCCAGCUGUUCCGAUAUUCACAACGACCUCCUUCAUAUUCUUCAAGCUCUCCAUCUUCCAAAGGUGUUUCUUGUUGGAAAAGAUUUUGGAGCUCGUCCUGCACAUCUAUUUUCAAUUCUACACCCUGAAAGGGUCUUGGGAGUUGUUACAUUGGGAGUUCCAUUUAUUCCCCCAGGACCAUCUCUCUCUAACAAAGUCCUUCCUGAAGGCUUCUACAUUUUGAGAUGGAAGGAACCUGGAAGGGCAGAGGCUGAUUUUGGACGCUUUGAUAUAAAGACUGUUGUGCGUAACAUUUACAUCCUCUUCUCCAGAAGUGAAAUACCAAUAGCUAAUGAAAAGCAGGAGAUCAUGGAUCUAGUAGAACCUGAUACUCCUCUUCCCUCAUGGUUCACUGAGGAAGAUCUUGCAAUGUACAGUGCCUUGUAUGAGAAAUCUGGAUUCAAAAAUGCAUUGCAGGUUCCAUAUAGGUCAUUUGGUGAAGUGUUUAACUUACCAGAUAAGGUGGUUAGAGUUCCAGCACUUUUUAUAUUGGGUGAGAAGGAUUAUUUUCUGAAGUUUCCUGGGAUUGAAGAUUUAACAAAGGGUGAAAAAGCAAGAGAGCAUGUUCCCAAUCUGGAAGUGACAUCUAUACCUGAGGGGACUCAUUUUGUUCAAGAACAGUUUCCUGAGCAGGUGAAUCGACUUAUUCUGGAUUUUCUUAUCAAGCACACUUAGCCAAAAGAGAAGGACUUUCUUCAUGAAUGGUGUAUGAGCAACUUUUCUACGACACUUUAGCCAUCUACAUUUCAGAAAAAAUAAGGAAUGAAGUUAGUUUUUGUUAUAAGUUCAAACUUAUAUAUAUUGGUCCUCUUUAUCAC